AUGGGGUCGUCAGGGAGCAGCCUGCGCGGAGCGGGCACCGCAGCGAUCCGCCGCGCAGCGCCACCCUCGGGCGCUGCGCGGGCCCCGAAAGCGGAACCGCCCGUCCCUUCCGGAGCGAGCGACGCAGCCCUGCGCACCGCAGCGCCGCCGUCGACGGACGCGAGGGGCCUGGCGCCGCGACCGCAGGACGGGCACUACCUUGCGGAGCGCGACCACAAGCUCGACGAGCACCUCCGCGUCGUUCAGUCGGCGAUCAAGGACCGCUACGCGCCCACCGUCGAUCUCAAGGCGUACGAGGAGGGUCUUGUUCUGAAACAAGGCCUCAAGGCGCGGCGUGCGCAGGAGAACGCCGAACGCCUGUCCGCGACCGAUGCGAUGCGGCUCAUGCAGGUGCGCGCCCCCGCGCCACGGCCGGCAGCCGCGCUGCGAACGCCAUGCGCAGCCGACGCACGCCACUGCCUCGGCGGCGACCGUGGGUGA